GUAGAAGCAAGCAACCUCCUUCCCUGUCUGAUACUGGGAAGUGUGUUUGUCUCUCGCUCUAGCGCUCUUUGUGGAACCAACCGUCUAAUUCAAAACAAAAGCAGCUCGUUUAUUCCAAGGCGGUUUACCACUAAAAUGUGCUGCCGGCGACUUAUUUGAGCAUCAUAUUCAUUCGACGACCAAAUGCAGACAACGUGGCGAUCCUGAGAACCAUUUUACGGGAGGUGACUGUACAAAAAAUCUCAUCGCUUUCUUCUUCCAAAGCUCAAACGGUACCAGAAGUUAUACGACGACCACUUCUUUUAUUUACAAAGUUUACAACAACCGCGGGGUGUGUCGCUACUUGGUUGGCACAAGUCCCAGGCACUGCCAUGGAUGAGAGGAGAUUUAUGACCUACACUGCAAGCAACAGCAGCCAAGAAGAGAUCACGGUCUUUUGUUUUUGACCACGUUGCACUUAAUCAGCUGAUUGAAUUGGAGUGACUCUCAAGAUGCGUUCCAGUGUGGAUGGACAAGCCAGCCCCCUCAGCAGAGGACACACAAAUGACAACAACAACAACAACAGCAGCAGCAUCAAUGAAAACAAUGGAAAUUCUGGUUCCCAGUAUGCACUCUGCGCUCUGGGCGUCGGACUCGUAGCACUGGGCAUUGUCAUGAUCGUAUGGAGCGUGGUGCCUGCAAGCCCGACCGAUAACAACAGCAACAGUAGUGCAGGUGGAGGAGAAGGUGAUUCUUAUGGGAACAGGAAAAGUAAAGCUUCCUCUGUGGCCUUUGUCCUGGUGGCCUCGGGGGUGGUCAUGCUGAUGCUGUCCUUGUGUCUGGGAAUGAGGAACAAGCAGAGGGAGCAGCGCAUGCUCCAGGAAGCCCAGAACCGAAGAGGCGUGACAGCCAGGGAAAAUGGGGAUGUCGAAACUGCCGAGCAAGACCCCCAACGCUAUGCUGUGCCCACCUAUGAGGAGGCAGUAGGCAGUGGCCACUACCCUGUCCGUCAAAGUAAUCUUCAGCCCAGCCCCUCCCAGCUGCCCUCCUACGAUGACUUGGUGCAGGUCGACGGGGUGCGGUAUGAAAUUGAAGGCGCAGAGCUUGCCGAUCCUGGAUCGCAGCUUGGCUCCACCUCCAGCACCGCACCGGCAGCUCUUUCUGCCUCAAAUCGGAAACCUGGUAAAAGUGCCCGCAAGCUCCUCCCCAUCAAAAUCCGCAGAAUCAAAUCGGAGAAGGUGCCCAAUUGUCAACCGACCGCCAGCAUUAGUGUAGAACCUCUCACCCCUCCUCCACAGUAUGAUGGCAAGGUGGCCCCACUUUGAUGAUGACUCUUAAACCUGCAUAGAAUCUUCAAAUUUGGAACAAGUCUCACUGAAUUCACCUGGUAGAGCGAAUGAUGUUUGUCUCUGCAGGCUUGACCCCACACCCCGAGUGACGGUGAUAUCAUUGCUUUUUUAGCUUCAUAACAAAGACAACUUGGACAAGUGUUGGCUUCUGUUCAAGAAGCACAUCCCUCAUUACCUAAGACCAACAUGCUUUUUGAUUUAAUCAAAUCUGGAGUAGAAUUCAGCGGGGAAUUAUGCUAAAAUCAGCGACAGUAUUAUACUGGAACUGUAUAUUUCCCAGCACAACAAACUUCACCAGCGUGAUCUGCAGCGUCACCUUCCAAGCAAGAAGAUUUAGAUUUCGUUAAUAUUUUUUCACGUAACACUUUACAUUUAUUAAUUACAGCGUGGAUUUUUCUUUUUCUAUAUACUUGUGACUGCAUUCUGACAACCAUCUCCUUUCAUUUAUAUUUAUACAUUUUGUAAUUUUCAUAAUGUUGUGGAAUGCUUUUUUUUUUUCCACAGGACUUUGUUGACGUGACUCUACAUUUAUUGCAUCACCAAACAACAAACAGUUUACUUGUUACAAACGCACGAUGAUGUACUCUUGAAAUCAUGACCAUUGUCUCAGCCCCCACUUUGCAACUUGACUGCCCCUACCUCAAUCAUUACUACCAACCAAACUGACUUGUGCUAUUCCCAAUAGAGUGUCAGUUGUUCUGUUGAAAACAUCCUGUUGGGAAAGAGAAGGGAACAAUAGAAGAAGCUUGUGAAAAGCCACGGGGCUCGACUUCAAGUCGUCGUCACGGGAAUAGCAGUCGCACUCAGAAAGCAGAGGCAUAGACAUCACAUAGGCCUUUUUUCUUUUGUGGUUGACCAACAGAGAGUGUCUUUGAGUGUGCAGCUGCACUGUUCGAACUGCAAGGCUUGCUCAUCAACCGCAACUUGACUCACAACCCUGUUUUCUCCUCCCAAUGUUGGCAAUGAGCCCUGCAGCACAAAGCUCUCCAUUCAGUGCCAAAUGUUGCCAUUAGCAUGCAGUGUUUUAUCACUACCUGCCAAUGUCAGAUGAGAAGAACACGCAUGGGAAUACACGGAUCGAACUUUGCAAGCGUUUUUCGGCCCUGUGCUUGAAUGGAGUCGUGGUGUCAUUAUUGGGGAAAGGAAAAAAUUAUACACUGCGAGCAUUUGGAUGAAAGAACAAAUAACUUUGAGUCACUAACAUCUGCUGGAAUAACCUUUCUCUGUUGUACUUACUUUUUCUGGUCAUGGAGUACCUCAUUUGCUCGUAAGAUUUUAUUUUACAGAAUAAUGAUUUUAAUAUGCUGGUAAUGUUUGUCGAUGGCAAUUGCUGAAAACGUGUUUCCGUUGAGUGUCUGAAAGCAUGUAAUGCUGUUUCGUAUUUUUAAGGGAUUCAUUUCAAUGGUUUUUUUUAUCUAUUGUGAAAAUAUUUUGGUUACCACUGUGAACUGAAAGCACAUUAUUUUGAGAGUAUUAUAUUGAAAUAAAGAUUUCACUGCAG